CACUUAUCAGAGCUGAUACAUAGAGAACAUAGCAGGCCUGGAUGUGAUGGAGCUAUAGAAGGGAACUGCACUCAUUACUUUGCAACUUCAUUUCUUCAUCCAUUCUUCAUCUCUGUCAUGCUCUAGUAUGGAUCUAAGGACAUGGAUUUGCAUAGCUCAAUUGAAAUACCUGAUAAAGUGAAGGCUGAUGCUCCUGUAUAUGUUGGUAAAGAAGAAGACAUAAAACAGUCCCAAAGAAUAACAGCCAGUGUCCAUGACAGAGAAGUUGUCGUUUUCUACCAUGAAGGGAAAUUUUAUGCCAUGGACCGUCGCUGUUACCAUGCAGGAGGUCCUUUACAUCUUGGAGAGAUAGAGGAUAUCAAUGGACAGCCCUGCAUUAUUUGCCCUUGGCACAAGUAUAAAAUUACUUUGGCAACAGGAGAAGGCUUAUAUCAAGCAAUAAACCCUACAGAACCAUCAGCAACACCAAAAUGGCGAUCAAAAGGAAUAAAGCAAAGAACUCACAAGGUUACUAUAGACAAUGGAAGUGUUUAUGUGACUCCUUCGGACUUAUCUAUCAGCUGUGACUCUGAUUACUAUGCUGAUAAGUACAAAAAGACUGGAAGUUCUGAUAUGAAAAAAUAAUGCACAUCCUGAACUUAAAAAUCAGUGGCCAUAAUGCAAAAUACCAGUGUCUGUGUACAAGGCAUUAUCAGUAUCACAGAAUGAUAUGCAGAUUUUUUCUAGAUAUUAAUAUAAAGAAAUACCAGUGUUAAUCUUACUGUUAUUAAAGCAUUAAGUAAUGUAGAAAUGAGUAAGAUCAUAAACAAAGGUCAAGACCCUCUCUAUAAUGAAUUAGCUUUGUGCCAGUGCAGUUUUAUAUUUGCCUUUAAUAAAAUACAAAUUUAAUAUAUGUACAUUAGUCAAGUCUGUAAUAUUUGAAGUGUUAAAUCUUCUAUGGCUAGAGUUAAAAUCUUUUAACCUUUAGGAGGAGGAAUAUUAUAAUGCAUUUAAUUAAUUUAUAAAAACAUCUUGAAAUGUUAUGGUAAAUAUCCAUUGAAGGAUAGAAUUUUUUUAAUACAUUAAAUAGUUUAGAACUAUAAUCAUUUCAAUGUAUUUGGGAGAUUUUUUUUUUUUUUUAAUGUUAUAUUAUUUGCAGGUCAGGAGAAAAACCUUUUAUUUUAUCUUAACACAUAGGACCAGAGUUUCAUAAAGUGAGGUACAAAACACUUGUGUGUUGUAAUGUGCUUUUGCAUGGUUACUUUUGUGUGUGCAAUUACCCCAGUUCUGUUCUAAAUAAGUACUUGUAUCUCCUUCAUCGUGGUAGUGUCUGAGCACAUUCCAAUAGUCAAUUAACCAAUAUGACAAACAUCUAUCACAUGUGAGUUCUCUGUCAUCCUUUCCUCUGGAGGAAAAUUGGAUGUGCAGUGUAGGAUUUUGUUUUUGGGUUAUUUUAAAAAUGUAAACACUUAUCAGAAGAUAUCUUGGACAAGGCAGUUCAAGGAAGUGUGUGCCUAGUACUUGGAGCAGAAAGUGGCGAAGUUUGUGAUAGAGGCACUGGGGCAGUUCAUUCCACAGUCUGAGAAAGCUGUGCCUCUUGGACAGAUGAGCUUUGCUCAUAUGGUAGAAAGUCCCAUUGUGCUUGAGGUUCAGAGUUGUCCAGCAUAGUGCUUAUCCCAGAGCUUUAUGUGAUUUUUCAGAUACUCUGGGGUCAGGCCAUUCAAGAUAAGACCAAGACCUUGAACUUGAGUCAAUAUUCUGGGUGAAGCUAGUGUAGAGAGUGGAGUACAGGGCUGAUGUGCUUAUGGUAGUCAGUGUUAUUGAGAUGUGUUGCAAAGUUUGGUACUAGUUGGAGUUUCCUAGGCAUUGAAGGCUUCAGGCCCAGGUAUAUUGCAUUAUGGUGGUCCAGAUAGGAGCUGGUGAAGGUGUGAAUAACUGAGGGCAGGUCAUUGUCUGUCUGCCAGGAUGGUACAGAAUCUCAUAGCCAACUGGAUCAAGUAGAAAGCAUUACUCACGUUUUGUGUUAUGCAAAAGCUUAGCAUCAUUGAGAAAUCCAGGAACAUUCGUAAACUACAGAUUGACUUCACCAAUUAGGAACGAUACCUUCAGUCAAAGGAAGGUAUUUGCACUGUUUCUGUAAAUUCUUCAUAGUGCUUUUCUCUGCCCACCAACAUAUUCUUUGUCUUGCUCAGGUUCUGCUUCAACCAACUAUUCUUCAUCCAGGUGCUGAUCUAAUCAGAGCACUGGGCCAUCUUUGUUUUAGUGGUAUAGUUGAAUCUGGUGAAGGAUGGUGUGACACUACACCCCAUAUUCUUCAUAGAAAUAUUGUUAUAAUAUGAUUAUAGCAUAACUAUGUUUAUUGCAAGAUAAGGCAUGUGAGAUAUCGUUGGAAAGGUUACAAUUUACUGAAUCUGAUUAUCCUAUUUGAUUAUCCUGAUUAUACAUAUGCAUGUAUCAUUUUUGUAUCUAAAGUUAGGAAUAUUGACUAUACAUCUGUAUUACAAAAGUGUUUGCACUUGGGGAAUGCCCACCAGACAGAAUGCAACCAGUCUGGCUGAUUAGCUGGGGACCAGUCAGUGGACCAUUAGGGAGAACAAUAGGUCUUUGAAGAUACUAAUCUCCCACCUUCCUGAGAAGCUUUCCUGGGAUACUACAAACAACUUCUGACUCAUGGCUGCUUUGACACUGCAGGGUCAUGUGAUUGUCACCUGGUAUUGGACUCCAUGAUAGAAUACCAGUAUUUUUCCACUGAGGAUGGUGGUGGUGGGAACCACACUGGAAAACAAAGGAUUCAUGCCAUAUGUAAAACCUAUUUAAGGCUGGGGAGUGACUUAAUCAGCGUUCAUUCUUCACUGAAUCUCUGCUCAGGAUGACUGCAGGAAACAUCUAAAAAACAAAGACCCAAAGUGUGUGUGUGGGGGGGAAGGACUGAGCCCAGUCUGUGAAGGUGUCUGGCCUGUGAAAGAAAUGCUUGGAGUUUCAAGCUGCAAGCAAGAGCAGCUUGCCUUCAAGAACCUCUGCAAUCUGCCCAAAACAAUAUUUAGGGUGAGAAACUACUACUUGAACCAGGUUUUUGGUAUCUUAAGCUUAUAUUGCGUUUUUGUUUUAUUUGCUGGGUAAUCUGCUUUGAUCUGUUUGCAAUCCCUUAGA